UCAGCUUAAAGUACCGUGCGGUACAUUCCAGGACAGACAUAUAAGUAUUCUGAUCCAAGAACGGAGCGAGUGAGGAAGAAAAAAAAGUUCCAAAAGUUUGACGCUGAGAGAUAAUUACUCAAGACGAAGCAGAGGAUUCAUCGCUGAUCCAGAGAAGAAUCCCCACAGAUAAAAAUGCCAGGCGAGAGGUUAGCAGUAAGAGGGACGUCAGAGGUGGGGCGUUUUCCUGGAGCAGCCCCACCCACCAGGGUGGAGCUGACCAUUCACAAAGAGGGGGAGAAGAAACAGGAAGAGGGAGCCUGCCGCCGCUGGUUCAGGAAGAUGUGUCCAUGCUGCUGUAAGCGCCAGAGCAGUACCUCCUAUGAUGUUACAGAUAAGGUGGAAUAUGUGAAACCCCCAGCCCCGACCCCGGAGCCUGUCAAGCCAAAGCCUGAGAAUGGAGAGGCAAAGGAAAUGGAAGACAUUGUCAAGUUGUCAGUGUGUUCUGUGGAUCUGCUGAGCUCCAAGACGGGUCAGAACAGACAGGAGCAUCACACCGACUUGUAUCAUGGGGAUGAAAUGAUAAUCCGCAGAGGACAGACCUUCCAGAUGGAGCUGGAGCUUAACAGGCCCUUCAGUGCUGACAAUGACAAGCUGCAUCUGGACCUGAAAACAGGUCCCCUGCCGUUGGUGGCCAAAGGCACCCAUGUCAUCAUCCCACUGGUGGAUCAGCUGGAGGAUGAACGCUGGGAGGCAAAGAUUGUAGAGCAGAAUGGCAACAAGGUCAAGCUGUCCGUCAACUCGCCAGCCAGUGCUGUGAUUGGUCUGUACGGGCUCACGGUGACAACAAGCUCUUCGAUGGGCGAGGCGGCAUCUACUUACAACUCCAGCAAGAACAUCGUUAUGCUCUUCAACCCUUGGUGUGAAGAGGACACAGUGUUCCUGGAUGACGAAGAGGAGAGUAAGGAGUACGUUCUGAAUGACACUGGGAGGAUUUACUACGGCACAGAGAAACAAAUAGGUGCUCGCACGUGGAACUUUGGACAGUUUCAUGAGGGAAUCUUGGAAGCGUGCCUGUUUAUCCUGGAGAAGAGUGACAUGCCUCCAUCUGGUCGAGGCGAUCCUGUCAACGUGGUCAGAGUCCUAUCUGCCAUGAUUAACGCUCAGGAUGACUUUGGGGUUCUGGUGGGGAAUUGGUCUGGGGAUUACUCUGACGGAGUCUCUCCUGCGGCAUGGAGCAGCAGCGUGGAGAUCCUGAGGAAGUACCACUCCUCCAAUGGAACGCCUGUGUCAUAUGGACAGUGUUGGGUGUUCUCCGGAGUCACUACAACGGUGUUGCGCUGUCUUGGCAUACCCGCCCGCAGUGUGACCAACUUCCAGUCUGCUCACGAUACUGAUGUAUCCCUCACCAAUGAUGUCUAUUUUGAUGAGAAUUUGGAGCCGAUCGACUACCUCAAUAGUGACUCUGUGUGGAACUUCCACGUAUGGAAUGACUGCUGGAUGGCGAGACCUGACCUGCCCCCUGGUAAUGGAGGCUGGCAGGCUGUUGACUCUACUCCCCAGGAAACAAGUCAGGGCACCUUCCGCUGUGGCCCUGCCUCCAUCAACGCCAUCCGCUCUGGCCAGGUCUACCUCAAACACGACACACCUUUUGUCUUUGCUGAGGUCAACAGUGACAAGAUCUACUGGCAGAGGAACCUGGACGGUACCUUCAGCCAGUUCCACAGUGAGAAGAAAGCUGUCGGCCACUGCAUCAGCACUAAAGCUGUAGGCUCUGAUGAGCGGGCAGACAUCACACACCUGUACAAACACCAAGAAGGUUCAGAAGAGGAACGCAUCGCCGUGGAGACUGCCAGUCGCUAUGGCAGCAAGCCAGAUGUCUACUCCACACCCAUGGCGGAGGAUGUGAGCGUCGAGGUGAAGAUGGAGGGUGAGGGGCCUUUGAUGGGUGCUGAUGCCCAGCUGACCAUCCUGGUGAAGAACCUGAGCUCGCAGCCUCGUCGGACCACUCUGCACAGCCAGGUGGCUGUCAUGUACUACACUGGUGUGCUGAAGGGCACGAUUAAGAAGGAGCAGAUGGCUGUGGAGCUUUUGCCCAAUGAAGAAAAGACCAUUGAGUGGGUGCUGCCCUACCAACAGUACCAAAACCAGCUGGUGGAUCAGGCAGCUCUGAUGCUGACCCUGUCUGGAAGAGUCAGUGAGACCCAGCAAGUGCUAGCCAACCAGACCACGUUCAGGCUCCGUACACCUGACCUCAUCAUCAAGCCUUUGGGAGAAGCAGUUGUUGGUAAGGAGAUGGCAGCCAAGAUUACCUUCACCAACCCCCUGCCACGUAUGCUAAAGGGAGUGGUGUUCAGAGUGGAGGGCCUGGGUCUGCAGAAGGGCCAUGAAGUGGUUGUUGGUGAUGUAGGCGGUCACUCCACAGUGACACUGACAGAGCACUUCAUCCCCACCCAGCCCGGACCUAGGAAGCUGGUGGCAUCUCUUGACUGUAAACAGCUCACGCAAGUGCAUGGAGUGGCCGAUAUUGUCGUUCUUGAGCAAUAAGAGGCGAUAUCACAUCCUGUCAUGUCACUUCAUUUCCUUAUAAAACAUGAGCUGAGUGCCUCUGACUAUAUGUAAAGGGUCCUGAGUUCCUGUAUCUUAAACUAUCUUGCUUAUUUUGUACUGAACCAACAUUUUUGUUAUUUUUAAAACUAUGAAUAGACAAUUAGCAACUGUAGCACUAUCAGUAUUAUAUUUUUUAACUUAAAAUAAUAUAAAUUCACACGUCUGCCUUGCUCUGAAAGUUCUAAACUGUAGUGAAGUAAUGCAGCAGGGAUUAAAUGCAUGCAAAUGAAGUGCUUUAAUUAACAAGCGUUCUUACUUUGAAGUUAUAAAACUGUCAAAUUACACAGACUGUCAAAACACUAGUGCAUUUCAAGACACUGACCAAAGCAUGUGAAGGUGCAGAAAGUCAGGUCAUGAUCAUUUUGUGAUAAUGUAAAUACUGUAUGUGUGUUAUUCCUAUAGCUUGUCAUUAAAAAAAACAUAUGUGAAAAGUGCUGUUAGACAAAAAGAGCCUCAUGUGGCUCACAUGAAGGAAGAGUACUGUGAGGUGUUUUUAAAGGGAAUGAUGUUGAAAUUGGCAUUGACAUUUUGCAAAGGGCACAUUAUUAUAAUUUCCCAAGUCUUUUCUGUCACAUUUGACUGAAACACUUGUAAUUAUUGUUGAAAAGAUAAAGUAUUUUUUCCCCCGUACCAAUUAACGAUGGUGAUUUCCAAAAAUUGAAACCUACAAGGACAUGGCUAAAAGGUUAUUUUAAUCACCAGAUGAAUGCAAAUUCCUCACGCCUCCUUUAUUUUGAAAACCAACAAGUGAAGCUCUCCAUUUGCAGAAUGCAAACCAAACUGUUCCCUUGGGAGGAAUUUUACCAGAUGCUUUUGUGUGUCUUGUGUGUGCCUCUCCAUAUGUGUGUGUAUAAUAACACUGAAGCCAUCCUUACAAUAUAUUGCAUCUUACCUGAAAAAUCGGACUUGGUUACUGCUGUGAAUUCAAGCAAACCACAUCAGACCACAGUGGCCUUAAUUCACUUCAGCUUCAGCUGGUUCUCAUCUGUUUAACUUCAGCACUACAAACUACAAUGUGAAUUGAAGUAUUUUAAUAACAUUACAUUAUUUAUCUACCAUAUCUACCUGGACUGUUUUUCAGUAUUGUAUGUGUUGUGAUGGUAAUAAACCUUACGCUGAAAUGAU